AUGCGCCACACGGAGCUACAUACAUACCUAGGAGCCCGGGGGUGGUUUUUAUGCGAACCCUUACCCAAAACCCCCCCGGCGCCCGAUGGUACACAGUACAACGCACAGCAGCCUUACUCUACCGCUUCCAUCCAAAACUCUACCUCUUCGAUCCAUACCUUCCGCCGCAAAGAACCGUGUACCUCCCGCACCGCCACAGGUACCCUCCCCAACCCAGCACCGCAAACAAAGCCCCUAAAAGAGGCGCCUCGGGAUCGAAUCUCAAUCCACUGGCGCGUCGCCCCCAAAAAACCAAAAACCCACUGUACCUUCAUGCCAGCGUGGGCACAUCGCCUGCUAACCUUCUCGUUCGCGAUUUCAGCUGCCAAAUUUCUCUCCUCCCCUAUACAAACCAACCCACGCUCCUUUAGAAUCUUCGCCCAGUCCCUCCCUCUCCAGAGACGCAAAAUCAACAUCGCAACUUUUCCCAAAUCUCCCGUUCAAUUAAUCGCAUCUCGAAAGACAAAAGAGCAAACGCUUCUCCCAACAAUGCUCGAUAAACUCGUCGGUUUCGCCAUGCUUGUGGCCGCAUCCGUCAUCUUCCUCUAUUACACCAUCUGGACUCUUCUCAUGGUAAAGCCUCCCCCCAGUUAUGCUUUGAAAGAAGGAACUCAAAAUCGUACUGACAACACUCGCGCGCAGCCCUUCGUUGACGGCGACCACCCCCUCCAGAACCUCUUCCUCCCUCGCGUCUGGGCCAUUCGCAUCCCCGUUAUCCUCCUCCUACUGGGUUCUGCCGUUGUCGGCUCCUUUGUCGGCAUGGUCAUGAUUCGGAGCAACCAGAAGAAAGCUGCCAAGGCCAAGGCCGCUGCCAAGAAGAAGGCGUAA